GCGGUUUACUCCGAACUUAAUAAUAGUGAACCGCCGCUCAGGCACCACAUUUGUUCAAUCAGGCAAUUUUAAACACUGUUUGAAUGAAGGAUGGCUGAACUACUAAACAGAUCGAGUAUAGCCACAUCGCGGGGUUUGUCUCCUGGCUUCUCUUCCUUUUCCUCUUCACCGGUGGGAUGUCAAAUGAAUGCCGCAUCCUUUUAGCUUUCACUACUAUUUCAGACUCUUCUUCUUUUUAUUUUUAUUUUUUAAUAAUCCACCUACUCAUUUGUUCUUUGUUUUCACUGUGAUUACACGUAGCAAGUAAUCACUCCCAUACACCGUCACCAUGAGCGCUUCAAAUCUUCCUUAUAUGAAGACUAACCCCAAGAUCAUCUUCUUCACGGACUUUGACGGGACCAUUACACUCCAGGACAGCAAUGACUUCUUGACUGACAACCUCGGUUAUGGACAAGAGAAGCGUCGUCAAGGGAACCUUGACGUCUUGGAGAACAAAGUUAGCUUUCGUGAUGCCUUCCGUGAUAUGCUAGACAGCGUCAAGGUUCCCUUCAAUGAAUGCAUCGAGCAACUGAAAAAGAACAUGCAGCUUGAUCCAUAUUUUAUCGAAUUCUACCACUGGUCCAAGGAAAACAAUGUGCCCAUUGUAGUAUUGUCAUCCGGCAUGACCCCGGUCAUUAGCGCCCUGUUCGAAACUCUGCUAGGACAUAAACCCGAUGACCACCUCGUUAUUGUCGCCAACGAUGUGGAAAGCCGUGAUGGCAAGGAUAUCAAUACUGAGGGCGGCUGGCAGAUUAAGUAUCACGAUGAUAGCCAUUUUGGCCACGACAAAUCCCUGGAGAUUAAGCCCUAUGCCGCUCUGCCGGACAACGUACGUCCGACCUUGUUGUACGCGGGGGAUGGCGUCUCGGACUUGUCGGCUGCUUCCGAGACCGAUCUUUUGUUUGCUAAGAAAGGAAGGGAUCUGGUGACCUACUGCGAGCGUCAAGGAACACCCUUCACCGUCUUCGAGAGCUGGUCCUCAAUCCUGGCCACAACGAAAGACAUCCUGAGCGGCAAGGUCACGAUCAAGAAGGUGGCCCAGGAAGGACUCGAAACUGUCCACAAAGAGAAAAACUAAGGUAAGACAUCUGAAAUUAUUAACGGCGAAGCCGUUGGAUUUAUAAAUAUAGAGAGAGAGAGAGAGAGAGUCCCAUAGAUACUGAAUAUACAUCGUAAAGACAGUGA